CCGGGCGAUGACGUCACUACCAGGCGCCCGGCGGCAAGUUGGCCGGGCCUUGGGCUGGCUUCAGCGGGGCAAAAAUGUCGAUGGCCAGCGAUUUCUACCUGCGCUACUAUGUAGGGCACAAGGGCAAGUUUGGACACGAGUUUCUGGAGUUCGAGUUUCGGCCAGACGCAGUUUUUGCUGUUAUAGAGUGAAUUUUUUUCCGCUCCCCACAGGAAAGCUUAGAUAUGCCAACAACAGCAAUUACAAAAAUGAUGUCAUGAUCAGAAAGGAGGCUUAUGUGCACAAGAGUGUAAUGGAGGAACUGAAGAGGAUUAUUGAUGACAGUGAAAUUACAAAAGAAGAUGAUGCAUUGUGGCCUCCCCCUGACAGAGUUGGCCGACAGGAGCUGGAAAUUGUAAUUGGAGAUGAACACAUUUCUUUUACCACAUCCAAAAUAGGUUCUCUUAUUGAUGUAAAUCAGUCAAAGGAUCCUGAAGGCCUUCGAGUAUUUUACUAUUUGGUGCAGGACCUGAAAUGUUUAGUUUUUAGUCUUAUUGGAUUACAUUUCAAGAUUAAACCAAUCUAAAUUGUAUGUUUUUGAAGCUGUUUUUAUAUUUAAUUAAGGGAUGGGUUUGUCAUAUACACUCUUGGGAUUUUUAUAAAUGUGAAGGUUUUUUUUUUUUUGUAUGCCAACUAACAAUAAGAAAAUACAUAAACAGGCUUAAUGGUUAUUCUCAGCUUGGGUCCAAGUGGUCUGGAUAGUUCUCACACAUGAAAUUCUGUAAAUAAAAGCAACCUUUUGUUGAAAGUUUGCUGUAAUAAAACAUAUCAAAGCCUG